UGAAUAUUUGAUGGUAUUUGAUCUACUAUGACUAAUUCAGUGUUUUCUAAAUUAAUCGAUAUUUUUGUUCACUUAAAAUUAAAUUCGGGCCAGGCCUAGUUUAUGAUUGGUCAAUGAAGUGGCGGCAAACUUACUCAUCAUAUUCGUGGCAGUGCCAGUUUUAAACUUUACCACACCAGUAUCAGACUAUUUUUUUACAGUCUAUGGUAUCAGACGGACUCUGGUAACAUACAGCAACCCGAAGAUAGUUUUGGCAAUACAGACACAACACAAUCUAGCUUUUCUACAAUUACGUACUUCAGCUAACUCACAUUUAUUUCCAGAAGCAGUGAAAACAAGUUAUAUCGGCUGUAACUUGAAUUUUUACCUCAGGAAAAAUGUUUUACUACCCUGAAGUCCUGCAGCACCAGUCAGGCUGCUUCUCCACAAUCUGGUUGGCAGCCACCAAGGGUAUAAGGAUCACUAGAAGGGAGGUUCUGAAAGUAAACGUCAUACGAACAUGUGAAGACAUCAUUGAGUAUGUGUUGGUGAAGGUACCCCCUGUCCACCCGAGUCUGCCUCGACCACGUUUCUCUCUCUACCUGUCCUCUCAACUACACUAUGGUGUUGUCAUUGUCUACCACCGCCAGUGUGGCUUCCUUCUGGAGGAGGCUCAGCAGACGAUCGAGAGGCUGCUCCGCUCGUCAAAGCACGCCCGCAUCGACAUGCAGGAGCCCGACAGACUGGCCCUAAAUAACCCGGACCCAGAGGCUCUGAUGGAGGAGGCCAUGGAGCCUUUCUUUGGAGUGAUGGGCUCAGAGCCAGAGUUGCCAAGCCCAUAUCAACUGGCACAGUCCUGGAGGUUCCUGGAGGUCCAUACUCCUGAGCGCCCUCCGGUGAAGACCCCGAGAAGAUCCCAGGCUGAGGCUCCUGGCCACAUGGUGUCCCCGGAGUGCAUCACUCUAAGGGAAAAUGAGCUGACAGCCCUGCGCAUGCCUGAGUAUGGAGGGGCUGAGCUGGUGGAACCCACCGCCCAGGAGAUCGACAUGCUGCUGAGGGAGAGCGACCAUCUGAUGGAGGAGGCGGAAGAGAAAGAGAAGGAGAAAGAGAGGGAGGCAGAGAGAGAGAAGACACUGGAGACCAACACAGCCAUGGUGUCUGUAGAACAACUGACAGAGACCCUAGAGAUAGGACCUCCCGAAGAGAAUGCCUUGGGUAUGAUGAUCAUGGAGGUGACCCCAUCUCAUGCGACUUGUCCUACAACACGAGAGGGCAGUGAGUUGGAUAAGGGGAUGAUGCAGGAGCCGUCAAGUUCUUUACACCUGGAACCACAGCUGGACGUUCCCCUGCCCAAGCGGGGCCGCCGUCGCCAGCUGCUGUUCGCUGACGAGCACACGCAGAUUUCCCAGAGUGCAAUGGAGGACCAGAUCCAUGACCCCCUGGUAGAGACCGUGGCCAUGUCCGAUGUGCUUCUGACCAUCCCUUCUAGCUCACGGCUCUCGGUGGAGGAGCUGGUGAGCGCCCCCUGUGGCGCUCUACUCCACCCUGACCUGCUGUCGCUAUGGAAUCAGUGUGCUGUCCUGACAACCCGCCCAGGGAGACGGCGUGCGCGAGUGGAGGAGAGGGAGAGGGGUCAGGAGAGGAGCGAACUCUCCUCUGAGUUGGGCCCACAGGUGGAGGAGAGGGAGAGGGGUCAGGAGAGGAGCGAACUCUCGUCUGAGUUGGGCCCACGAGUGGAGGAGAGGGAGCUGGAGCGCAGGAACAGGGACUCCAGUGUCCAGGAGGACCUCCGGGAAUUCAUGGAGUCUGGCCUCCACCUGUCUGAGCUCUCAGCUGUGUCUGACACCCAGCUGGACAUCUCUAAAGAGGACAAAGCCCUGGACCCCGUCUCUGUGCCAGUGGGUCGUUGGUCUGUGACAGAGGAGGCUCCCUCAGUGCUGCACAUGGAACCCAUCCUGGAGGAACCUCUGGUGGAGCUGCCUCCGACUGUCACAGAGAUGGAGCCCGGGGAGCACACCACCGCUAGCCUGCUCAGAGCGGUCAGCAGCCACCUGGAGCGCUUUGGGAAGAUCUCCUUUGACUCGAUGCUCCCCCCAGAGGCCGACCGCUGCACUGUGGUGCAUGUGUUCUACAACCUGUUAGUGCUUGUGAGUGAGAGAAGGUUGGGAGUGUAUCAGGCCAAGCCCUUUGACCCCAUAACGGUAACAGCUGGAUUACACAUUCACUAGUACACACACACACAUGCACACACCAUCACAUGCUGAUACUCAUGAACACACACACAUGCAUACAUUCACUAGCACUAUCAUUAUGACCCUAAAGCAUACUCCAUACACAGAGAUGCACACACAUGUACAAACCUAAAUAAUGACAUUUUUAUUCUCACUGUGCAUUCUGAUAGAGAUGGGGGAGAGAUGAGAGAGGUGGGGUAGAGAGAUGAUGAAUUUGAAUUCUUCAUUUUAAAACACAGUGUUUCAUAAAUGGCAUUUUUACCAUUUAUAAUCAGAAGAAAAUGAGAAUGCAAAAAGGCAUUAUAUUGCAAGUAAUGAUUCUAAAACUAUUUCAGAACAUAACUUGCUAUAACAUGUUUUGUAAGAUAUAUUCAUUGUUUUAUUGUGGUUUAAAUGUAGAAGAAAGUUGUAGUAUUUAUACUCAAUUAUUUAUUGAUGUUUGUGUAUUUGUAUUUAUUUAAAAACAUACUUGUUUGUAUUUGAAGUAUGGUUAUUUGAAUGUUGAGUUAUUUGAAGUACAAAAUAAGUAUUUUCCAAAUCUACUCCAGCAAUAUUGUGUACGUAACAUUCACCUUCACCAAAAGUGUUCAAAAGAUUCAUGCAAAUCUCAUUAAACACCCACUGUCAGGGACUGGAGUGUC